GUCCGUUGAGCUCCGCAGACAAGUAGGCGAGAGUUUUCUGCAGAUGUGUUUCGGUAUGGAGAGAUAAUACAGCGGCGAGCAGCGUGGCACUUCAGACUUUUACAACAGACAAUCUCUAGACCAACCUGAUCUGACUUUCUACACGGACUGGAUGUGGCGAAAGGAGAUAAAGCGAUCUGAUUUGUGAACUCAACCUGUCUCUUUUCAGCCUGUCUCUCGACACGAAGGAAAGAAAAUGCCUGUAGUAACUCUGUUGCCUUUCACUGCGACUCCAAAUAGGAAGUCUUCCAGCCCGACUUCUUUUCGACUGACUGAAAAAUUCAUUUUGCUUUUAGUUUUCAGUGCUUUUAUUACGCUGUGUAUCGGAGUGCUUUUUUUCUUACCGAAUUCGUCAAAGCUUCUCGGUGGAGUUUUUUUGCGCUCGUCAUCCGUCGAAACGGCCACACGAACAGGUACGGAUCGAGACUCCGGCGUUGGAGGUGGAAAUACGGAUAAAAUAGUUAAAAUAAAGAAAGAUCACGAUGAACUCUUAAUUGAAGCCCAAGACACACUUCAAAAGCACCCCGAAGAUAUCAAGAAAGAUAUCAAAAGCGAUAAGGACGAAGUUGUUCAAGGUCUUGUUGAAGGCUGGAAAGGUAACAACCUCCCCAUUAUUGAAUAUGUCCGACCACCCGGAGCAACAGGACAAGAGCCAUCGGACCCAGAAAUUAAGCAGAAAAGGGCGAAAAUAAAAGAGAUGAUGACGUUCGCCUGGGACAAUUACAAGCUCUACGCCUGGGGCUCCAACGAGCUCCGGCCCAUCUCCAAGCAAGGACACUCCAGCAAUUUGUUUGGGAGUCUGAAGGGGGCGACCAUCGUGGACGCCUUGGACAGCCUCUAUAUCAUGGAGAUGUACGAUGAGUUUGAUGCUGCCACGGACUGGGUGGAGAAGAACUUGGACUUCAACAUGAAUACAGAGAUCUCGGUGUUUGAAGUGAACAUUCGGUUUGUGGGAGGGCUGCUGUCGGCCUACUAUCUCUCCGGCAAAGAGGUGUUCCGGAAGAAAGCUGUGGAGUUAGGGGAGAAGCUGUUACCUGCAUUCAAGACACCCACAGGCAUCCCCUGGGCCCUGCUCAACAUGAAGAGUGGUAUCGGUCGUAACUGGCCCUGGGCGUCAGGCGGCAGCAGCAUCUUGGCGGAGUACGGCACGCUGCACCUGGAGUUCAUGCACCUCAGCAAACUGUCUGGAAACCCCGCCUUCGCCGAGAAGGUCAUGAACAUCCGGAAAGUUCUGAAACGGCUUGAGAAGCCUUCUGGUCUGUACCCCAACUACCUGAACCCCAACAGUGGCAACUGGGGCCAACAUCAUGUGUCGGUGGGAGGACUGGGCGACAGCUUCUAUGAGUAUCUGCUGAAGGCCUGGAUCAUGUCUGACAAAACAGACGAGGAGGGGAAGAAACUCUACUACGAUGCUCUCCAGGACAUAGAGAAGAACCUGAUCCGUAAGUCCAGUGGCGGUCUGACCUACAUAGCGGAGUGGAAGGGAGGUCUCCUGGAGCACAAGAUGGGCCACCUGACGUGCUUCGCUGGGGGCAUGAUCGCGCUGGGCGCCGACGGAGCUCCAGACCAGCAGACAGGCCACCACAUGGAGCUGGCAGCCGAGAUCACCCGCACCUGCCACGAGUCCUACGCACGCACCAAUCUGAAGCUGGGUCCGGAGGCCUUCCGCUUUGAUGGGGGUGUGGAGGCCAUCGCCACGCGGCAGAAUGAGAAGUACUUCAUCCUGCGGCCGGAGGUCAUCGAGACCUACACGUACAUGUGGAGGUUCACCCACGACCCCAAAUACAGGGAGUGGGGCUGGGAGGCUGUGCAGGCUCUGGAGAAGCACUGUAGGGUGGAGGGGGGCUACAGUGGUGUGAGAGACGUCUACGGCACCAGCCCCAACCAUGAUGACGUGCAGCAGAGCUUCUACCUGGCAGAGACGCUCAAGUACUUAUAUCUGUUGUUCUCAGAGGACGACCUCCUGCCAUUGGAGCACUGGGUGUUCAACACCGAAGCCCACCCUCUUCCCGUCAUCAAGAAAGAGCCCAACAGCAACCAGGCCAACGAGGUGGAGUAACCCCACCCGCGGCCCCUGAACUCUGACCUUUCACCCAAUAUGGACCUCCACACGCCUUCUCUAAGACACCUCUGGCAGGGCCUCAAAUGGGCGUUGUAUUUAUGAUCCCUAGACUUAACCUGGACCUGGAUCACCAGGACUGGAGCCUAUGGUCAGCUCUCUAUCAGGACUAGAACAAGACUAGGGGUCUGAAGGUCUCCCCCCCCCCCCCACAUAUUCCCCUGUAAAACCAGCCCCUCUGGUGGAGUCGUGCCUUGAGGAUCCUCUGCAGUCCUCCAGAAGUCUCCAUGCUGUCCCUGGUGGCUCAAGUGGAGGCCACAGUCCCCCCAGCGUGGUGGUGUUACUCAGAUUAGGGACAGUCCAGGGCAUUGCGGAAGAAGCUGCGAGAAAAAAAAAAACCCAACUCCAUCAGAUCCCAGUCCAGUGGACACAAGGGUGGAUUA